AGCAUGGCAUGAAGGAAAAUGGAGGAGGGGGUUCCCAAGAUACUUGCUCUUUGCGUCUAAGCCUAAGGUUCCUUCCGCUAAUAGCACCCUAGUUUAGAUUUUAAGGCUGGCAUUUGCUAUGUCGUUUCGUUUUACUCGCCUAUCCUCUCACUGGCAAGUUCAGUUCAGUUCAGUGAUGAUACUCCGAUUGCCGCUACUUCUUCCACAACCCCUAUCUCCUCGCUACUCUUCCUCCUCCACCACCUGCUUAAGCCCCACUUCCACUUCCAAACCCCUCAUUUCCCAGAAUGUCCUCAACUCCCACCACAGCCCCACCAUCAUCACAGCAGGUGACUCUGGAUUAAAAUUCCGGGACAAAAUCCUCUACCUACAAUCCCUCAAAAUCAACCCCACAAAAGCCCUCCAGAAAAACCCAGAUCUUCGUUCUGCCCUUCUCUCCUCUUUACAAUCCAUCGAGCAUUGCCUUUCUUCCAUGGGUAUAGAACGCUCUGCCCUCGGCCGCAUUCUUGACAUGUUCCCCCAGCUCCUCACAGCUGACCCCAGCAAUCAAAUUUACCCCGUCUUUGAGUUCUUGUUGAACAAUGUAGAAAUCCCUUUUUCUGAUAUCCGCAAGUGUAUAAUCAGAUGCCCCAGAUUGUUAGUUAGUGGUGUUGAGAAUCAGUUAAAACCCGCUUUUGAAUUCCUGAUGAAAUUGGGUUUUGUUGGUGCCAAUAGGAUCACUUGCCGAACCACUGUUUUAUUGGUAUCCAAUGUAGAUCAUACCUUAACCCCCAAAAUUGAUUUCUUGAUGGGUUUGGGAUUUGAGUAUAAUGAGGUGGCCAAGAUGGUCAUCAGGUCACCUGUGCUGUUGACAUUUAGCAUAGAGAAUAAUUUUAGGCCGAAAUUGGAAUAUUUCUUGGAGGAAAUGAACGGGGAUUUGGAGGAGCUGAAGAGAUUCCCGCAGUAUUUUUCGUUUAAUUUGGAGGGGAAGAUAAAGAAAAGACACCGGAUGUUGAUGCAACACCGAUUGUCAAUGCCGUUAUCGAGGAUGUUGAAGGUUAGUGAUGGGGAGUUCAAUGCGAGGCUGAUUGACAUGAGGUUGCAGUUAGUAGAGGAAAGGGAGUUGUAGUAAGUGCUCUGGCUUUUCAAUUCUCUGUAGAUGUAAAUUUUUAUGAACAUAGCACAAUGUCAAGUAUAUUUUUGUUCAUUUUUGUUAAAAAUGUAAACUUUAGUCUUCUGUAUGUUCAUUUGCAUGAAAAAGAUAAGGCCUUUCUUUA